AUGCCAGAAAAUCAAAAUGAUAUUAAUAUUUGUCGUAAAUAUUUAAGCAAAUUUGAUCAGUUUAAAGCUAAAAAUAAAAAUAUAGAUAUUUCGAAAUUUUCAGAUCCUAUUGAUACUGAAAUUGAGAUAACUUCAAAGUUACCUUUAUAUGAUUCAUCAUUAGCUAAUAUAGCAUCUGAUAUUCUAAAGCCUUUAAAACUAAGUAAAUACAUUUAA